AUGACCAACCGACUACUUCAGCAGAAAUAGAUGGUCACUGAUGUUCUUCACCUGGGAAAGACAGAAAUUCUGGAAAAACUAGCCAGAAUGUACAAGGCCACACCAGAUGUCAUCUUUGGAUUCAGAACCCAUUUUGGUGGUGGCAAGACAACUGGCUUUGGCAUGAUUUAUGAUUCCUUGGAAUAUGCAAGGAAAAAUGAACCCAAACAUAGACUUGCAAGACAUGGCCUAUAUGAGAUGAAAAAGACGUCAAGAAAACCUCAAAAGGAACCCAAGGACAGAAUGAAGAAAGUCAGGUGGACUGCAAAAGCCAGUGUUGGUGCUGGCAAAAAGAAGGAGUAA